AUGUGCUUUGUCCCCAUUGUGUGUUGGAUCAUCUGCACAGUUAUGAAGCAACAGAUGGAAAAAAGGGAAGAUCUUUCACAAACUUCAAAAACAACCACCUCGGUAUAUUUGCUCUUUCUGUCCACUCUGCUAACUGAUCAUUUUGCUGACUCAAUACAACAGCCUAAAACUACUCUGUGGAACCUUUGCUCGUUGGCUGCAGAUGGAAUUUUAGAACGAAAAAUACUGUUUGAAGAAGGUGACCUGAAGAAACACAAUUUAUCCUUGUCUAACAUUCAGUCUCUCUUUCUGAAUAAAAAUAUUUUUCAGAAAGAUACAGAAUGUGAAAGUGUCUACAGCUUCAUUCACUUGAGUUUCCAAGAGUUUUUUGCAGCUCUCUUCUAUGUGCUAGAGGAAGAUAAAGGGACAAUGACAAAAUCUUUGUCUUCUAAGAAAGAUGUGAACAACUUGCUAAAAAUUUAUGGACCAUCUAAAAAUAAUUAUUUGAUGUUAACAGUACGUUUCUUGUUUGGUCUCUUAAAUAAAGAGAGACUAAAUGACAUGGAGAAAAAAUUACAUUGUAAAACAUCUAAAAUAAAGCUGGAUUUGUUGAAGUGGUUUGAAGCAGAAGCUAAAAACAUCUCCCUUCUGCCUUACAAGACCUAUGGGGAACUACGUGACCAGUUUGAGUUGUUUCAUUGUUUGUAUGAGAGUCAGGAAGAAGAGUUUGCGAAAAGCGCAAUGGAUAAUUUCCAAGAAAUUAGAUUGGAACACAUCAGGCUUACAACAAUGGAUGAAAUUGCUCUUUCAUUCUGUGUAAAGAACUGUUGUAGUAAGCAGUCACUUUACCUGUGUAAUUGUACUCUUGGGAUUGGAGAACGAGAAGAAGGAUGGAUAGCAAAGCUACGGAAAUGGUUAUUUCCUCUGUAA